GCAUGCAUAUUCUUCAUCAAAAGCUUCUAUUGAGAGUUUUAAAGAAUUAAGAUAGCUAUGGCUUCCAAAGCUUUGCUUGUUUUAGGUGUUAUCUUGGCUAUGGUUCUCCUCAUCUCCACAGAGGCAGCAGCUCGAGAGCUCGCCGAGGAAUCUCCCGAGAAGAAGACAAAUGCUGCAGGGGUUGAGGACAAGAAGUACGGUGGAUACCCAGGGGGAGGGGGUGGGUACCCUGGCGGAGGAUAUCCUGGUGGCGGUUACCCUGGCCGCAGGACAUCUGGAUGGCGGUUAUCCUGGCGCGAGGUACCCUGGACGCUCGCAGGGAGGAUAUCCGCGACGUGGACCGUUGCUACUAUGCCGUUUGCUGCGAGCGCCUGGAUAUGUAUGCGUGGUUGCGCUGCUGUGCCACGCGCCGACGAGAUGCCCGAUGCUGAAUACAUGGCGGAGCCUCAUUACUAGAAAUAUUGAAGCAACAUAUUAGUAAGUACUUAGUAUGAGAAUGAAAUGAAGAUGUGAGUGUGUGCAUGCAUGAAGAGAGCUUUGUAACUUAAUUUCCCUAUGGACUAUUGAAUUAUGCUUCGUCUGUAUGUGCUCAUAUAUAAUAAAUGGAUAAUGGAAUACAUUAUCUAAAUCUUGCUUUAGAUAAUUUAAAGUAUUCAAGAUGAUGGGUGCA